AUUUUUUUUUACCAACGCAUUAUUUUUAUUAAGCUUGAUCUUUUUUCUAUUGUUAUAUAUCUCUAUUUUUAUAUUUAUAUAUCUUAAGCAUGUGACAUAAGGUGAUUUAACAACAAAAAAUCAUAAAUUACGAACAAACAUAAAUAAAAAGAGAAAAAUAAAUUGGAAAAAUUUCUUUCAUUCAAUUAUCGUGUUCAUAUAAUCAAACCAACUGACAGGUUCGAUGAUAUAUAAAGCUGCUCAAUUUUGAAUUAUCCUGUAUUUUCAAGAGUAAAGUUUGAUAUAAUUGUUUUACCUCUCUAGAGAAUAAUUUUUGACAAUUGGCAUUGAGGAACAGAAAGAAUCAGUCGAGUGCGAGAUUUAGAUUAAUACGGGACAAAAAUCUGAUGAGAGCUUUACAAUAAAGUCGUAUUCCUUGAAUCUCUUAACAGCUUCUUCAUUAUUUCAUAUUUUUCAACAGAGUUAUAAAAUUAAGAAACAUUUGCUUUCGUAAGAAAUUAUAGAAAAAAGAAUCUGCUUGCGAAUUUUCGUAGAAGAAGAAUUGCACUGUACGAAAAUCAAAUGGCGACAAAGUAUUACAGAUUUCUAAAGAAUUUACGUGGAUAAUUGUGAAUCGUAGACUACAAUUGUUCACAAUAUCAGAACCUUUAUUAUGGCAGCAUUUUCCAAUGUCUGUUGAUGUAGUUUUGGCGUUAAAGGAUUGGUCUACUUAAUAAUAAAUGUCUCUUAGUAUAUUAUAAUCAAUGACGAUUAUUUUUAUGAAGAUUGAAAAAACAUGAGAUUAGUAUUGAAUUGAAUUGAAAAAUACUAUAUUUCUCAAGUCCAGUCAAGCCAUUUGACGCAUCUGUUUCGAUGUGGGAAACACAAAAAAGACUGGAGAAUCGUAAUAUUUUUUUGUGAGUAAAUCAAACGAUCAUUAGAUAAGAAUUAAAUCAAUAGUAACAAUUAUUGUAAUACAUAUUACAUUCAUUGCUUGUUCUGCUAAUUACAAUAAUUUCUUUAGGUUUUCUAAAAUAAGCAUUCAAUGGAACUGUUAAUGUUCAAAGAUAGUAGUUCUUAGUGUCAUUUUGAAAUUUUUUUAUACAUUACAAAGAAUCAACAGAAUAAGUAAAGGCGUUAAGAGUGAAUAUAAACUUAGGACAAAUUUAAUCUUUUCAUCGUGAAAUUUUAAUAAUGAAUCUUGAACAAUAACGACAACAACAACAACAACAAUAACAACAACAACAACAUUAAAAAUUUAAUUCUCUGAGUAACCAACAUAUAAAUAUAUUUUAUAUCUUUUGAUUCGUUUAGGAGUUCUUAAACUUUCUAUGCAUGAUAUUAAGUCGGUAUGUACUUGUUUCUAUAAGACUAUUAUCCUCAUUGUUAUCAUGAUCGUUAUCACCACGAUCACUAUCAAAAGUUUAACAUUGCCUAACAUCACAGAUAAAUAAGUGAUACUGUUAUCGUAUCGUAUUUGUGUAUGGUUUUUAUCAACAAACAAUUAAAAUCUUUUCAUUUAUUAUUAUUAUUAUUAUUAUUAUUAUUAUUAUUAUUAUUAUUAUUAUUAUUAUUAUUAUUAUUACCACAAGGAUCUAGAUAAAAGUUCAUUGAUACAUAAAAAGUCGUUGACUGUGUGAUAACAAAGAUAUACAAUUAUUGAUUCGUUAUACACAUAUAGUCAGUUUUUUUUUUUUUUUUUUUUUUUUAAAUAGAUAUUUACAUUAUUUUGUAUAAAGAUAAAUUGUUUAUGUACACAAGUGUUAUAGGUUACUCAAAUAUUUAUCGUGCAUAAUAAACAUUCGCACAGUCUGGUAAAUUACAUAGUAAUUUAUCAGGGUAAAAAGGAACUAGGAUGAUAAACCACGAGUCGGAGCACGUAUAGCUUUCCUCCUUCUCUCCCCCCUCACCCCCAGGAAAAUAAUCCUUAUCAUUUACCUUGUUGCGAUAAAAAAAAAAAAAAAUGUUUUAAUACUAAAAUCGCCUAUAACUAUCAAAUUAUUCAUUGAUCCAAGUGAUAUUUUAUAUCAUCCCCACUUCUUCACGUUUCCACUCCCCCAUUCUCACCCUUCCUAAACAAAAUUCUAUGAACGAAAUCCUUUGAUCGGACUACGUUCGUUAAAAAAUUAAAAUGACCUGAACAACAACGAGCAUGAUCAGGGUCACGAUAUCACAAUUUACCUUUCACCUUUAAUAAGAUAAUUUUAUCUCUCUUUUAUCUUUAUUGACUUAGACGUUCUAAGGUCGUUUUAAUUUCUAUGAACGAAAUAGAUUUCGUAGAUAUGGAUCUAAGAGCCAUCGUAAAAUCAAAUUAUCUUUGAUCUCUCGGAAACAAGAUUUUGGCGACAAUAAAUAACACUUUUUAAAUACAUUCACAGAUCCAAUUUAUUCGACUUGGUUGGAACCACUUUACGUGUGUCGAUAAUCUUUUUGAUUGUUCUCGGUUGACGAAGAAAAAAUAAAAAGUUUAGAUAUCGUAUAAUAAUCUUGAUCUCUCGAUCAUCGUGAUGAUGAAUAAAUCUUUUUUUUUUUUUUUUUUAUUGAUCUACUUAACAAUCGCCAGUUAGAAAACAUUUCGAGUUUUUAGGGAUGCAAAGAAUUCUUACCAGUGACAAUCGACUAUUAUUAAUUAUUAUUUAAUAUUAAUUAUAAUAAUAACGAUAAUAAUAAUGAAUUAUAUUAAAAAUUCGAUUUAUCUUAUUAUUCAUAAAUACGAGAAAACUUCUUGAGAGUCAACUUUCUAUAAUGAUUUAUAAUUAGAAAUUUAGAAAAGGAAAAGAAAAGAAAAAAGAAAAAGAAAAAAAUAUACAUUGCUGGCCCCCAUUCUACUGACCAAUAACGAUCGUUUAAUACAUAUUUUAUGCUUAUUGUAAUACUUCAUAAAAAGAAAUGCUGUUAAAAAAAAAAAAAAAAAAAAAAAAAAAAAAACAAAAAAAAAGAACCCUCAAAAAAUCAAAAAAAAAAAGGAAGAAAAAAAACAAUUAAAAAAUUGUGUAUUACAAAAGAAAAAAAUUUCGAGUGAACAUUUUCGUUUAACUUAACAUAAUGAAAAAUAUAUGGAAAUGCAUUUAUAACGCGUGAAUAUGAAAGAAGAGUAAAAUAAAUAAAAAGAAAAUAAAUAAUAAAAAAAAAAAAAAAAAAAAAAAAAAAAGAAAUUAAAAAAAUAGAAUAAAAAUUAAAAAAAAGAAUCUACGUCGAUGUAAAACAUGCACGGUUAUACCAUAGGUAGUGCUUAGUUAUCGAUUUUUUGUUAAUUUAUUCAUACCGGGCAGCGGUGAAUACCAGGAAAGGACGACACAACGUCGACGUCGACAUCGACGGCGCGUACUGGCCACUCGGUCGACCCGUUCGAUUUUCAUUGGCGACUUUCAUACGAACGGACACGAGCAACGCCUUCGUUAACGCGUUUAUUAGUCCGACGCCAUACUUUCAUAUCGUUCGUAUAUUUCUUCUUUUCUUCCUUCUUCUUCUUUUCUUUUUUUUUUUCUUAUGAAUUCGAAAAUCGUAUUAACCAACUUAAUUAUCGUUUUAACUCAAUCUAAUUCAAUCUAUGUCCGACAUCGAAGAGGAUCUUGCCGAGAGGCGACUAAAAAUUGUUCUUCUCGGUGAUUCCGGCUCUGGAAAAACGAGCAUCGCUUUGAAAUUUUGCACCAACGAAUUUACGAGACAAUACACACCAACGGCCGGCAUUGAUUUCUUUUUAAAAAAUAUUACCGUUGGUUCUUACAAAAAUGUUAACCUACACCUUUGGGACGUCGGAGGUCUCGCUUUACAUGGUAACAUGUUGGACAAAUACGUGUUUGCAGCUAACAUCGUCCUUUUGGUAUAUGAUAUUACGAACAUUACGAGUUUUGAAAUUCUUGACGAAUGGGCCAAUAAGAUACGUGGAAUGAACGACAGUAUUGAAGAACCACCAUUAAUGGCAUUGGUCGGUAAUAAAUGUGAUAUGGAACAUCAAAGAACUGUUAAAAAAGAUAAAUCUCAUCGUUAUGCAGCAGAAAAUGGAUUUCCAUAUUAUGAUAUGUCUGCGAGAACUGGCGAAUCGCUUUCCUUGUGUAUCGUAAGCUUGGCCGCACAAGUUUUAGGUGUACGAUUAUCGAAAAAUGAUCAAGAUUUUCAUAAGCCGAUUAUUAUUGCUGAAAUUGGAGAUACAGUGGAUAUGAACACGAUUCAUAAGGUUGUAAAAAGAUUUCCUAAUAAGAGACACCAUCCGAUUUCCUUUCAUUCACAUUUUCCUAUGUCAAAAUCAACUGUUUGCACUUUACAAUGAUUAUUAAUGAAUAUAUAUAUAUAUAUAUAUAUUUAUAUAUAUAUAUAUAAAUAAUAAUAUUUAAGAAAAUAAGAAAAACAUAUUCGAUGAAUUAAGACUAAUAAUAUAGCUCGUUUAUACUUAGAUGCAAUUAAUUUUUUUUAUUAAGUAAUCAACAUGAUAAUGACUAUAAAUUAAUAGAAUAAUUGAAAAACAAUUUUAUUGAUAUUUUCCUAAGGGCAAUAAUAAGAUUAAUAUUUAGAUUAUAACAAGGUUGAAAAUAUUUUUCAAUAGUUUGUACAAUUACCAUAGCAUGUUUAUGAACGUGUAUGUGCGUGUGUGUGUGUGUGUGUGUGUGUUGGUUUGUGUGUGUGUGUGUAUACAAAUUUAAUUUCAUAAAAUAUGUCAUACCAUGAUUCAACAUAGAAACACAUACUAAUAUCAAUUAGGGAAAAAGAAGAAGUAUUUAUUAGAAAGGGAUCAAACUUUUCAUGAGAAUAAAAUUACAUUAAUUGUCUUAAGAUUCCUACAACUUACACUAACAAUGAGUAUGACUAUACAUGCUCUUGUACAAGUCAUGUAUACAUAUUAUAACAUUUACUGUAAAAGGUAUUUGCAAUUAAAUUAAUUAAUGCAAAUAAUAAACCAACUUUGGUAUAA